UUCUCUAUGAAAGCGCGAAGUGACCUAUGAGGAAUCGGGGCGGCCGAGCUGAGCUAUGAGUGACCCUGUGGAAAAAAUGCUGAACCAAGCUGCUUUGGAAGCACUGUAUUCAGCUACCUACGUGGAUAAUUUUCUAGACACCGUGGAGAACUUACCAGACGAAGUACAACGAGAAAUAUCCAGCAUGCGAGAGCUGGAUGUGCGAUAUCAAGCUCUGUUGCAAGACAUGGAGGGAUUACGGGGACAGCUGGAGGGAGAAUUAGACUCCAUAUCCUUAAAACGCAUAAUGGUCCAGAUUCAGGACAAGUUGAUAUCGACACAGGAAAUUGGAGAUGAUAAACUCCAGAUCGUGCAACACAUUUUGGACAUCAUAGAGAACAGACAGAGACAGCUUGAACUCGACAGUAAAAACUUAGAUUUUGGUCAAGAGCCAGAAAAGCAAGAGACCUCUAAAGAAACCCAGCCUGAGAGAGCAAGUAAACGAGCAAGGAGGACAAGGAAUGAAAAUGCGGCUAAUCACAAUGAAAACUCAAAUGACGCACCAGUCACGCCACACGUGGAAAAGGUGUCUACGAGUAAGACCUCUGCACAAAAGAAAGCAACAAAGAAGAAGAAACGCAAGGCAAAGGUUGAACGAGAACGAGAAGAUUCACCAACAGAAAUACCCAUUGACCCAGAUGAGCCUACAUACUGUCUUUGUGAACAGGUUUCAUAUGGAGAGAUGAUUGGCUGUGAUAACGAUCUGUGUCCAAUUGAGUGGUUUCACUUUUCGUGUGUUGGGCUUACUAACAAGCCCAAAGGAAAAUGGUUUUGUCCGAAGUGUCGUGGUGACAAGCCGACUGUCAUGAAGCCAAGAGCACAAUUUUUGAAAGAACUCGAAAAGUACAAUAAAGAGAAGGAGGAGAAGUCUUGAGCAGGAUAAUCUCUUGUCACCAUGUUGUAUAUAAGAUUGAUUUAAGAAUAUUUUAUGUAUAUUUCAGAGAAUGGUUUUAUGUUCUCCUUGAAGGUCUUUUAUCACAUGUACUGGUUACAUCUCAUGCUCAAAGAUGUCUGUUCAUGAAAAUGGUAGAUAAUGCUUCCCUCCACCCAAACAGUUAAUGGAUUACUUUCAAGUUUAAGCCAGAGCUAGUAUUGGAUACAGAGUUAUAUUUAUCAAGAAUGUAGGUAUUUUAGGGGUGAAAUUUAAAUAUGACCAUUUCUUAUUGUAAAUGAGGUUCUUUCUUAAAUAUUAAUUGCUGAUCUUUCAUUCUAUGCAUUUUGUAUAUAUGAUAAAAAAAAGAUCUUUAUUCUUUGUUAAUAAUUCAUAUUUAUAUGUCAUUUCUCCAAAGUUGUAGCAUUCAGUAUUGCAAUGUCCUGCAGGAUUGUUUGCUUUCUGCUUUGAUGCAGCAGCUUACAGUUUGUAAGCUUUCACAUAUUGUGACUUGCAUCUUGCAAACUCUGUUGGGGUAGUUUGCAUUUUGCAGGAGCUCAUAUUGUAGCUUACAUUUUGUAUGCUCUCAUGUAAUGGCUCUUACUUUGGCUCUUACAAAGAUCGAACUUACUUCGGCAUAUCCCUAAACCAUGACUUGCACUCUGCAGUCUUUACUGAGGCAGCUAGCACUUUGCAUGCUGUCAUAAUGAUGGCUUGCAAAUUGCUUGCUCUGAAGUUCUGGCUUGUACUUCCCAUGCUCACAUGUGGUGGCUAACAUAUUGCUUGCUCUCAAAAUGUGAGGUAGUGUUCUCAGUCUCUCCCAAUGGGGCUUGCAUUCUAGUCUGUCAUAUGAUGGCUUUUAUUCCCUGAACUUGCGGCUUGUAAUCUGUAUGCAUUCAUGUAGUGGCUUGCAGUUUACCAACCUUCAAGAGUUGGCUUGUAUUCCAGAGUGAAUUACAAACUUGACUGUGUUAUUCCUCUACAACAUAUAUUAAGAAAUGGACUAUCAGAUAGUGUGUAAGGAUAAACAGUAUUGUUGUAUGAAAUAAUUUUCAUAAGAACUUUUUCAUAAAAAUAUAAAAAAUCAUAAAUACUUUACAUCUCAUUACACAACAGAUGCACUUACCGCUGCUUCUCCCCUUAAUGAUGAUAGCCAUGGAAUGUAAAUACUGUAUCUGAGACCAGGAUACCUUUUUUUUUUUUUUUUUUUUUUUUUUUUUUUUUUUUUUUUUUUUUUUUUUUUUAAUAUAAAGAGGAAAGAAUUUUUAUAUAUUUCAUAUACUGUCAAACUAUGUUUCUGCAAAAGUAGUAGAAAGAAAUUAUAUCCAUUCAAAUAUAUAUACUUGCACAUGCACAUGCAUACCCACAUACAUAACAUUAGCACACACAUGAGCACAAGUAUGCACACCCACACCACACACAAACAUUACACAUACAUCACACAUCAUCUGCACUCUUACAUGCACUGUGUGUAUGUAUAUGCAUUUGAGUACAUUUAAAUAUUUGCAUAUCCAUUUUGACUGUGAAGAAAACUAAACUCCAUCACUCCAUAUUCUUCUAGUUGGCUAAGGAUGCAAUAAAUCUUGCUUCUCACCUUGGUAGGGAAAAAAAGACGUUUUGAUAAACUCUCAUUACCUGUAGUAGAUUUCUAGAAAGUUGUAGGUUCCUGUGAAGGAAUUCUCAACUAAGUCUAACAGUGGUGUUUGUGUAUUAACAUACAAGAUACCAAUAGGUGACUUCCUUACAAAUGCACAUUACCACUUUUGAUACCAAAACUUAGAAAGGAACACACAUUUAGUGUAGAAUUUACCUCAGAUAGGAGUGAUGCGAUGUUUAGUAUUGGCAAGUGGAACCAACAUGUUGAGGCUGUCAUUAUUAAGGGUCUAGAGUUUUAGUAUAUCUUUUACAUCUGUCUUCACAUGAUCACUGCAGAAUUUAAUUUAAGAAUAAAAUGAUUCCUGUAUCAGUGAGAAAUAAAUCAAGGCUGUUGGAUUUUAGGAGUAGGAAUAAUACUAUUGUAAGUGUAGCCCAGUACCUGAAGUACAUAGAAAUUUUACAGAAAUCAUUGUAGGAAUAUUUACCCCUCCCACUUAGUAAUGGCACAGUGGCCUCUUAGCUUUACUAUAAAUAUUUCUGGCAUGCUUCUAUUCAAAGUUGCUAGGUAGUGUAGUUCUACCUACCUUAAUUUAGCCUAAAAAUGAUUGCAAUAAAUGGAAUCUGGUUCUUUCUCAUUAUGAGGUGGGGAUUAAAGGCCAUACUAAGUGCCCUGUCUUAUUACGUUGGUAAUUCUUAGUGUUUUAUUUUUAUGUUGUAUUUGAUAGUGACAUAGUCUUCUAGCAAAAACAGUAUAAAAUUAUUAUAUGUUACAAAUUAUUUAUUUCAUUUUAAUAUCCUUUUGUACUAUUUAUGAAAAAGGUUUUCUUGUUGAAGAAAAUAAUAAUUCCAAAAUGAUUAUAAAUAUCAUGUUAAAGGAAUUUGUUACUUGUGUGAUGUAAUGUGUAAGGUGUUGCACUAAAGUUGAAUUGUAUUUGCUUGGGCAGAAGUAGGCUUCAAAUCCAUAUAAAUGCGUAAGUGUUAUUUUUUAUCAGGAGAAGAAACAAAUGGGUAACAUUCAAGUUUUACAUUGCACAUGAAAAUGCAUGAAAUAUAUUUAUUCUUUUUUGUAUCACCUAAAUAUUUACUGUAAUAGAUUCCAAUACAAAAAUUAAUCUCUGUAUUUUGAAUUGUCUUCUGGGAAGUUUGUUUACAUCUGCCUGCAGAAUUUUUAAAGGAUAAAGGUGAAAGAUUUUAAUAUAUUUUACGAGUUAUUUUUGAUAUGCACAAAUACCAUUUGCUAAAAAUGUUCUUCAGUUAUAAACAUUACUUACGUAUGAAUAUAUAUUUUACAUGAUGCUUGGUAUGAUGCAUUUUUUCGGUAAAUUUCAUGAAAUAGUAAUUAUUAUUAUAAUGAUCAGACUAAUUAAUGAUAAAAAAUAAUAAUGAUAAUGAUGAUGAUGAUAAUAAUAAUAAUAAUGAUAAAAAGAUAAUACAAUAAAGAUAAUAAUAAUAAUGAUGAUAUUUAUGAUGAUGAUAGUAGUAAAAGUAAUGAUAAUAAUAAUUUCUUUCUACAGAGAAUGCAUAAGAAUAUCAGAAAAUUUUAUACAAAGUCUUGUUUUUGAUCUCGUCAUGCAAAUGUGAGCCACAAACUGGUCUUUGAGCUAGUUUGUGUAAAUUUUGGCUAGUGUUCAGUAUAUUUCAUAAUAAUCAUAAAUCUUGUUAUCAUUGUAAUUAUGAACAUUGUUAUUUUAUGACUGUAUUUCUGUUAUGAAAACUAUUUUGAUGAAUAUGACAGUAAAUAUUAUUAUCAGCUACUUUUUAUAUAUUUCUUGUUAUAGUAUUGGUGCAAUUAUUAUAGUUAUUAUCAUUAUUACUACUACUAUUAGUAUAGUUUUAUCAUAAUUAUAAUCAUUAUAUUCAUCAUCAUUAUUAGCAUUAUUUUUUUUUUUAAUGCAAACAUUUGGAAAAACAUUAUCAGCAUUUUUAGUUCUUUAAUUAAAUUGAGUUUGUCGAAAGUUCUUUUAGGGUUUAUGGUGUGAAUAUGGUUUACUAAUUGGUUGAUUUGAACCCAUAAAAUGUGGCCGAUUUAUUACUUAAUACAAAUAGAUAAAGUGAACAGAGAAAGGAAGUGUUUUUUUUUUUUUUUGCAAAUUGUAAAUUGAAAAAUUUAUUUUAAAUGAAAGAUCUCUUAAAAAUUCAUACUUUUUGGGACUAGUUGAACUGUUUAGUGUGUACAACUAUCAGCAGGGUUGACUGCACAUGGCACUAGAGGGUAUGACAUUAUAGGACAUCUGGUGUCUCCUGGCAUGGAUUGGCUAACAAUGGAAAAAAAAAUAAUUAAAAAAUAUAUAAAUAAAUAAAAUCCACAGAAAGCAUUGCAAAGAAAAUGUAUUACAUUAUGAAUGUAUAGGAGUUGGUCAUUAACAUUCAUGUGUUGACUAUAGUUAAUUAAAUACAUGACUAACAAAUUACCAGUGUAAUAACAUAACAUUAUCACAUUUUUUUUUAAAUUGUUUUUUUUUUUGCUUGAAGUCAGGUACAAAAGUAAUCAACUUUUUUAUAUUUUGAAGACAUAUACGAAGUUCAACCUUGUUUUUUCAUAUAAGGUGUAAAUGGUUUAUAAUUGUAUUUUUGAUUUAUUGAAUUUUUUUAUUGUCUGCAAUUCAAAGUUUUAUAUGCAGUGCUUUAACCCAAUCACUACAGAUUUAUGUACUGUCCCCUGUUGUUUUUCGUGAAUUUUGUUACAUACAGAUGGCUCCACAUGUGCUCAGCCAUCAAAGAAUCUAUCAGUAGGCCCUAGUGACUGCUCCUGAUUUCCUCAUUCUUUGUAAUUGCGGGAAAAUGUGUUUUUCUUUCUAAUACUAUUGAUAUCAAUACUGUUAUUAUUCUUACUGAUAAUAUGAUUAUUAAAUUGUUAUUAAAAUAUUGGUAAUAUUAUAGACCAUGAAAUAAUACAGAUCAAACUUUCCAAAUAUCAAGGAAAGAAGUAAACAGGUAAGAUAGGGAGGACUAAUAACUGACUCCUUGGUGAUGAAGCACUUGUAGAGCCAUCUACGUGUAAAUACAAUAAAUGAACUUACAGGGGGCACGGCAUGUAUUCUUGCCAUACGUGCUGAUUGGGUUAACAGUAAAAUAUUUUUACUUCAGUAUGGGGUAAAAAAAAACCUAAUGGGACCACAAUGGGGUUUAGAUAUUCUAAUUGAAUCCACAAUAUAAUAAUUAUGUUAAUGAACCAAGUUUUCUGCCUGAGUUUGCUGUACAUUUCAUCUUGCUUCUGAAAAUGGUUAUGUGAAGACAUAUUUGUUUUCCAGCACUGAGUUGAGUUGCCAUAUAAGUGAUUAAUGCAACUCAUCCAGUCAGUGGCUUUAUGUUUUUAGAGAAGUUAUAAGAUCUGAAUAACAAAUAUGUCUCCAGGCUUUACCUUCCCACUACAAAGAUAGUCAGGUUUAACAAUAGUUUUCCCCUUGCAGCUCUGUUAGCAUAGCAUCCAUAGUUGGUUGGCAUGUCAUAAGUUCAAAGAGAAUAUUUGUGUGGAGAUUGUAUUUGAAUAGCUGUAUAUUAUUUUCAAAAAAUAAAGGAUUGGAGAAUACACACAUUGUUAAGGAGACAUGCUACUCGAUAAUGCAAACACAGUACUCAUGCUUGUUGCAUGAUGUAAUAUGACAAGGUGAAUCAGCAGUUUUCCUUCACUAGGACUGAUCUUUUCUUAUUUUUUAUCAAUAUGUAUAACUAUAAUUUGAAAUUUCAUUUCAUAAUAGAUAAGCUACUUUUACAGGUUUUUUCAUCAAUAGCUCAUUCUUAAUGAAUAAAUGAUUCUAUGAAA